CUAGUAGCCUUACGGGACUGUUUCGUUGUUUUUGUAUACGCUGCGUUUUGGUCCAGUCCCUACGACACCCGCGACAGCUAUUGAUCCUCUGUGGCUAAAUCAUAGUCCUAUUAGUCCUGAUGUACUAUUCUGAAUUAUUUCAUCGCUUUAUCAGCAGACAACAGAAAUUCUACAACUUUGGCAAACGUAUUGGAUUUUAUCAAGGGUGCUGCGGUACCUCCAACGCCAAUCCCGCGGCUAUGAUUCCUAUAAGAGAAUAAAUGAUUUAGUGCAACGCUGGAGAGAUGAGUUACAGGCUCAUGUUUUAUCAGAUCAGAGAGAGGAAGAGAGAAUCCCUGUGCACCCAAGCCCCAGAGUUUCAGUUGCCCAGUGGGGGUCAGUCUGAGGUGUGGGAGACCCUGGGUUCCUUUGUGGCUCUGAACUGUACAGCCGUGCUGUCCUGGAACGAGACAGACCAACGGUGUGACGCUACCUCCUGGAAACUGCUCUGGAGCAAAGAUGGGACCCCUCUCAACCUCAGCCUUUACCCACAGAACACAUCCACCUGGACUCCCAGCCAAUCCCAAAUGAUUGUGAGCAGUGUGCUCGAGGUCCCGGUUAGAGAGCAGGCUGACUUUGGCCUCUACUCCUGUGAGGUGAGGAAUACCUCUGCUGACUUCAGCCUGCAGAAUACCGCCCACCCCAGCCACACAGCAUCAGUGAUAGCAGCCAUCAGUCUCUUCCUGAUCCUGACUAUAGCUGCCGUUGUCUACUCCAGGUGUCGUCUCAACAUCAAACUCUGGUACAGGAACUCCUAUGGAGACUAUGAGAUCAAUGAUGGGAAGCUGCAUGAUGCCUACUUCUCCUAUGUCAACAACGAAUACGACAGAAAGUUGGUCAACUUCAUCCUCAAACCUCACCUGGUGAACAAAUCUGGACAUAAGCUACACCUCAGUGAUAACAACAUCCUACCUGGGGGCGAGCCGUCUGCUGAGUUCCUGAUGAACGUUAGUCACUGUCGACGCCUCAUCGUAGUGAUGUCACACGCCUACCUAGAACAGGACUGGUGCUGUAACAACUUUAGGCAGGGCCUUCUGCACCUGCUGGAGCUGUCCCAGAGGCCCAUCAUCAUCACAUUGGAGGGUCAGGUCAAACUCAUGAGACCCGAUGUGGUCCAGCAACUCAGAGAACACCAUCACAAACUCACCUUGCUCACCUGGUCGGGAUCACACUCCAUGCCGCCGUCAUCAGUGUUCUGGAAGGAGUUGGCCCUGGCCAUGCCUCAUAGGGUUGUGUUCCACAGCGACACGGCAGGGGACCCCCAGACCCUCUUCCAAGACGAUAAGGACCCCAUGCUCACCCUCGACCCAGACUACCUGGACUGUCGCCCUGACCCUGACCCUGUCGGAGACUUGGGCCUUCGUCUCCCAGUCUACACGACACUGACAUCCAGAGCCCCUGUGCUGCCUAUGUUUCCCUCGGUCCCUGCAUCCCUGACUGAGCCCAAACACUCAGAUAUAGAUGUGUCGGACCUGGGAUCGCGCAAUUAUGGAGCUCGCAAUGACUUCUACUGCCUGGUUACAGAGGACAACAUCUGAGAAAAAGACUGUAGCUUCUGAAGCAAAAAGGAGAACAAGAUCUCCAACUUCUACUCUCUAGAAGGAAAUGUCUCACUUCAGUCUGAAUGUAAAACAGGUUCUCUCACCAGCACUAUCUACUACUUCCUGGUGUAUGUUUCCAUAUUGAAGCAAGUGUUACAUAAAAAAAGUGAAUAAUUUAGUUCUUUAAACAAGUUUGAUUUGAUCUAUUUAUUUAAAUUUGUCCAUAUUUUAAACCUUUCAUGUAUACACUGAGUGUACAAAACAUUAGGAACACCUGCUCUCUCUAUCCACGACACAGACUGACCAGGUGAAUCCAGGUGAAAGCUAUGAUCCCUUAUCGAUGUCACCUGUUAAAUCCACUUCAAAUCAGUGUAUAUAAAGAAGGAGGACACGGGUUAAAGAAGGAUUUAAUCCUUGAGAAAAUUGAGACAUGGAUUGUGUGCCAUUCAGAGGAUGAAUGAACAGGGUAUGGUAGUAGGUGCCAGGUGUACCGGUUUGUGUCAAGAACUGCAAACGCUGCUGGGUUUUUCCACACUCAACAGUUUCCAAUGUGAAUCAAGAAUGGUCCACCACACCCAAAAGGACAUCCAGUCAACUUGACACAACUGUUGGAUGCAUUGGAGUCAACAUGGGCCCAGCAUCCCUGUGGAACACUUUCAACACCUUGUAGAAUCCCGUGCCCUGACGAAAUGAGGCUGUACUGAGGGGAAAAAAAGGCGUGUGGGGCAACUCAAUAUUAAGGAGAUGUUUUGUACACUCAGUGUAUAAAAUUUGAUUCCAAUGAUCAUUUCACUGAAAUGUUUUGAAGGACCUUGGUGGUUACACUACAUGUUAUUAUAUGCAAUUUGUAUAAGAUACCUGUUAUGUGAACUGUAUGUGAAAAAUAGAACAAGUUGUUGAGUGGUCUACUGCAGUAUUCUGGGAUUUUGUUUUAACGGUAAAGUGGAAAUACAUUCAUUCUAAUUUCGUUAAAUGUUUGUUUAGAAUUAUGUUCAAUAUAAAUAUUUAUCGAUUAAAGCUACCCUUUCUGUAGUUUAGGGCAAUUUAACUAGUCCAGCCCUUUUCAUAUGUAACUCAUCUUGUAAAGCUGAUCUUAUGUUUAUUUUUUUGUAAGGGUUGAUCCAAUUUUCCUUAGAGGAAAUAAAGUCAUACAUUUUAAAGUGGAAAUUCCAAACUUUAGAAGUAUUUUUAAAGCUUGAAUAUACUACAAGUUUGUAUUUUCUGCUUGAUGUAUAAGUAUA